CCAAACUGAACUGUGCUGUUCCUCCUUUGGCAUCCAAGAGAAUAGUGAGCAGCUCUCAUCCUCCUGACUAACUACUCUAGAGUUAUCCUGUGGAUUCUCUGAAGAACAAGUCAAGAUACACCUUGUGACAAUGAAGGCUGCAAUUGUUUUCGUCCUGCUCUUUGCAACGGUCCUCGGUCGCCCAGCGAUACGCUCGCCCGGCAACAAUCCAGAGAGCUUAGAAGAACUGGUGAAACCAGCUCCAGUGCUUGGGAUAGCCCCAGCAGAACUUACUGAGGUGGCCCCUGUACAGAAUGUAGAUACUGCUACAACAUCAGACGAGAGCUCCGACAAAGAUGAAACAGAGGGAGCUGAUCCAACUUCAGACCCAACAUCAGACAGUGCAGACAGCGCAGACAGCGCAGACAGCGCAGACAGCGCAGACAGCGAUGACACAGACGAGUCCAGUGAGUCAGAGGAGGCAGACACCACCGCUGCCCCUGCAACAGCUGAGCCAACCGUAGAGCCCACAAUGGCUACCACUGAGGCCCCCAUUUACGAUGACGGACGUGGAGACAGCAUGGGUUACCCCAGCGACUACAAGAAGUCUAUCAUCUAUGUAGAUACUAACAACAUCGAGAAGGGACCCUCUCCUUACAAAUCCCAUGGAAAGAUAGAUGAGGGCAUGUAUGCUGGCAAAAAGGUGUCCGUCUACAACACCGGGCUCGGAAACAAGAUUGAGAAGACGAUGACAGUGUUCAAGGCCCUGCAGGUGCAUGAUUUGAUGGAGGAGGACACCAGCACCCCUGACGUGGAGAGCCAGGUUCUGGACGCCUCCAGCGGGAAAGCCGAGGAGUCCAGCAUGCGCAAGGCGCAUGUCGACGUAGCCAGCCAGGACAGGACCCCCUCUGAGAGCCCAGAGAGCCAGAAGGCCAAGAGCCUGGAGAGUGAUGCCACCAGUGAGCUCACCAGUAGCGCUAGCAGCGAUGGUACUAGCGAGAGCACCAGCACCAGCGCCAGUAAUGAGACUGACAGCAGCAACAGUAGUGAGGAAGCUACAGCCAGGCCUGGGGCAGCAGACAGCGACUCAGCAGAGAGCAACGAGAGCCAUGACAGUGACAGCGACUCGGCUGAGGAGGCAGCCACAGUGGCUACCAUUACUACCGAUGCUCCCAUUGUCAUCACUGCCAAGUAAAGGCCUGUCUCUCUCAUCCUGCUGCUGUCGACAGUGAAGAAUGCUACCAGGACCUGGAAGGUGCUCUAUGACCCUGCCUUAGGAGGAGAGGUCAAAACGGAGAGAAUAACAGAAAACAUAUAAGCACAACUUAGGGUCUGAUACAGUACAACAAUAAUACAUGAUAAGAUUCAUACUAGCUAUCUCAUCAUGACAUAUAGAGCAGUCAAUUUUGUUCAAUUGCACAAUUAUUUACACUACAUGUUGUUUGUCCCAUUUUUACUGUAAUAAUGUAUAACGUUGUAUCAGUCCUAAAUACAUGCAUUCUUUUUUUCCAUAAAA